AUGAUGCAAACAAUAAAUCCGCAUGGCCCUGAUAGAACCGCCCAAAUCAUGUCCCGGUACAGGCCAAUUGCCCCCAGACCCGACUCCCUCAAACCUAAUUCCGCCACCGACGACGGCGGCGCCGCCGCAGCCGCCGACCACAGCGGAAUCCGGAAAUCCCCUUACCUCAGGACCGUCUGGGCCCACCUCCAGGCCCGCCCCACCCGCACCCGCAAGCGCGGCCGCGCCGCCUCCUUCUCCCCGCCCUCCCUCAAGCGCGCUCGCACCUGCCUCCAGGGCCUCAUCCCGCCGAUGGCCGGAAACCUCGCCGCGAGCUGGAACUUCGUCCCGAUCAACUGCUGCCUCGACACGGCCGUCACGACCCUGGCCGAGUCUGUUGAGCUGCCGCUCCUCCGCGACUCCCCGCUCAUCCCAGCCGCCGUCGAGGAUAAAGAGAAGGAGAAGGAGAUAGAUCUGAACCUGUCUAUGGCGUCUGAGGAGCCAGAUCUGAAGGUCCGGCCGGCCGGCGUCAUAUCUCCCAGGCCGGUCCGGCCGGUGGGGUCGACCGUGGUGGUGGAAGGAAUCUCCAGCGAAAUACGGCGGCUCCCGGCCGCGAUGGGGGCGGAGGAGGUGGAGGAAAUCGUGGAGGCGGAGGUUUUGCCGGCGAUUGUGUCGGACUCGAGCAACAAGGUGAGGAUGUGCAACGCGGCGUACAAGGAGCUUGUGGGGCAGCCGGAGUGUGGGUGGCUGGAGAGGGCCGGCGGCGGCGGCGCGUGCAGGAGGAUCGGCGGCGGGAUCUGGCUGAGGUGCAAUGUGGAGCGGUGGUUGCAUGGGUUCAGUGGGUGGGUGAGGAUUGAGUGGGAGAGGGAUGGGCUGAAGCGGUGCGUUAGGGCUUCGUGCGAGGCUCUUAAAUUGGAGUGUGCGGCUAAGGACUAUCAGUUUCUGUGGAGGUUUUAUGGGUUCAAAUCCGGUACGGAGGAGGACAAUGGGCCGUCUGCCGGCCAAUAA